ACCGGACGGGUCAAUGCCAGCCGGAUGAUGACCAGUUGUGGCCAGCGGUCCUGGAACUUGCUCGCAGUAUUCUCCCUGCUGUUUCCUGCAGUCCUGUCCGCACAUUUCCGGGUCUGUGAGCCUUACACAGACCACAAAGGCCGCUACCACUUCGGUUUCCACUGUCCCCGGCUCUCAGACAACAAGACCUUCAUCCUUUGCUGUCACCAUAACAACACGGUCUUCAAAUACUGCUGCAACGAGACAGAGUUCCAGGCGGUCAUGCAGGCAAACCUUACAGCCGGCCCCGAGGGCUACAUGCACAACAACUACACAGCACUGCUUGGAGUGUGGAUCUACGGCUUCUUCGUGCUUACCCUCUUGGUCCUGGAUUUGCUCUAUUAUUCUGCCAUGAACUAUGACAUUUGCAAGGUUUACCUGACCCGGUGGGGCAUCCACGGACGGUGGAUGAAACAGGACCCCCGGCGGUGGGGGAAUCCUGCUCAGGCACCUCGGCCUGGACAGCCAGCUCCACAGCCUCCCCCUGGUGUCCUGCCGCAAGCCCCUCAGGCUGUGCACACGCUUCGGGGAGACACACACAGUCCACCCCUGAUGGCCUUCCAAAGCUCAUCUGCCUGGUGA